GCGAGGAAUCGCGUGGGCUUUAUUGGCAUAGGGAAAAGGAAGAGGGAGGUUUCCAGCACUCAGCACCACCUUCCAUUUGCUGCGAGCGACGUUCGAGCGGCCUCCCUCUGGAUCGGUGUAACUUGCCGCGAAAAUUUUUGUCGCCGGAGCUAGAAAUUCCACCAAAAGGCUUGUUUUUUCCAGUGACUUUCUUGUUGGUCAGGGAUGGGUAUCAUCGAGAGGAUAAAGGAGAUUGAAGCCGAAAUGGCGAGGACCCAAAAGAACAAAGCCACAGAGUAUCAUCUUGGGCAGCUGAAGGCGAAAUUAGCUAAAUUAAGGACUCAACUUUUAGAGCCUCCAAAGGGAUCUACUGGAGCUGGUGAGGGUUUCGAAGUCACCAAAUUUGGUCAUGGCCGGGUUGCAUUAAUUGGAUUUCCCAGUGUAGGAAAGUCGACGCUCCUAACAUUGCUAACAGGAACCCACUCAGAAGCAGCAUCGUAUGAGUUCACAACGCUUACUUGCAUUCCAGGCAUUAUCCAAUACAAUGAUGCUAAGAUACAGCUUCUUGAUCUUCCUGGAAUCAUUGAGGGUGCCUCUGAAGGCAAAGGUCGUGGUAGACAGGUCAUAGCAGUUGCUAAAUCAUCAGAUAUUGUGUUGAUGGUUCUGGAUGCCUCAAAAAGUGAAGGCCAUCGACAAAUCCUAACAAGGGAGCUAGAAGCUGUAGGCUUGCGUCUAAACAAGAGGCCUCCUCAGAUAUAUUUCAAGAGGAAAAAGACUGGUGGAAUCUCUUUUAACAGCACUCUGGCCUUAACUCAUAUUGAUGAGAAACUUUGCUAUCAAAUUCUCCAUGAGUAUAAGAUCCACAAUGCAGAGGUUCUGUUUAGAGAAGAUGCCACUGUUGAUGAUUUUAUUGAUGUCAUUGAAGGGAAUCGGAAAUACAUGAAAUGUAUCUAUGUCUAUAACAAAAUCGAUGUUAUUGGUAUCGAUGAUGUUGACAAACUGGCCCGCCAGCCUAAUUCUGUUGUCAUCAGUUGCAACUUGAAGCUCAACUUAGACAGGUUGCUUGCUAAGAUGUGGGAGGCAAUGGGGCUUGUUAGAGUAUAUUCGAAGCCUCAAGGACAACAGCCUGAUUUUGCAGAGCCGUUUGUUCUGUCUACUGACAGAGGAGGCUGCACCGUAGAAGAUUUUUGUAAUCAUAUACACAGGAAUCUUUUAAAGGAAUUGAAGUAUGUCCUUGUGUGGGGUACUAGUGCAAGACAUUAUCCACAACACUGUGGGAUUUCACAUGCUCUUAAUGACGAGGAUGUGGUGCAGAUUGUAAAGAAGAAGGAGAAGGAAGAAGGGGCAAGAGGGAGAUUCAAGUCACAUACGACAGGACCUGCUAGAAUAUCAGAUCGGGUGAAGAAGGCUCCAUUGAAGACAUGAUCUGUUCGAAGUUUGAUUUUCCUGUGACCUACUCCAUCAAUCAGUCUUACUCCUUAGCUGGAGCCAUUUGAGAUUUCAUGCUUUCCCUUCAGUGCUGGCGGUGGCGGACAAUCCUUCAGGCAUCUCGGAAGCUUUAGCUGUUGAGAAAAUAUUAUUAGUGAGCAUGGACUGUAGUCUCUCUUCAUAUUAUGAUCAAACAGGGGUUGUUUCGUACCCCUUGUCAUUAUUGAACUUUCAUAUGGAGAUCGUAUGAACACAUAAUGAGCAGUUUCUGUCUCAUUAUUUGUGAAGGCUAGUCUGAAUCUUUUAGUAAUUGAAAUGGCAGAUGGUGCCAACAUUUUUAUCAGAA